AUGCCGCUAAUGAAUAUGAGGGCUUCAAUUAUUAUGCAAUUUGGUAGGAAAAGGAAUAGGAUGAUGAGCAGCAGCACUAGCAAUAGGGAGCCAUGGCUGAUGCUACCAUCAUAUGGUGAUAGGAGUAGUACUAAGUUGUACAGCCUUGCGGAGAAGAAAGUGGUGAGCAUAAAGAAGGAGACGGCGGCGCCAGCGUGGGCACAAGGGCGGGUGAUACAUAUGGGAUGUACCCAUGGGUGGAUGGCUUCAUUCAAUAUGUUCAAUCGACAGACUUUCCUCUCCAAUCCCAUCACCGGUCGCCACAUAAAGCUUCCCGAUAUUCACACCUUCCUCAAAUCUCCGUACGAUCCCGCCAGUAUCAUCCUAACCUCCUCUCCCGAUGCCCACGACUGCCGUGCCAUCAUGACCUCUGACUGGAGCUACAAGCCCCUUGCGGUCUGCUUCCCGGCCCACACCACCACCAACUGGCUCCCCGUUGACCUUGCAGUCUGCGACCCCAAGCAAAUCGUCUACUCUACUCGCCAGAGUCUCCUCUUCUGCAUAACGUGGGGGGACGGGGACGGGGACGAGGACAAGUAUGAGGGAGUGCUCGAGUGCUGGGACCUCGAAUCUCCCUCCUUUGUGUGGAAGGUUCCGUCAUUAAUUGAUGUGGACAAGGAUGACGACAGACAACCCUUGUAUCUGGUGAUGGACGAGCAUUCCGACCGGCUAUUUCUAGUGAUGCGUCAUGUCUUGGGACAUGUGCAGCGCGACGGAUCGCACCUGAAAUCCUUGUGCACUAAUCUCGGCUUCCCACAUAAAACCAUUAGUUUCGACGUGUAUGAAAUUGAUGCCAAGAAAGGGAAACUCAGCUACAUGGAGGGUUCAUUGGAUGGUGAUGGGGUAGAGGUAUUUGAGAAGGUAUUAAACCUUUUUCCCAUUUUGGAGAGGUAUCUUUACCACUCCAUCAAUGGAGAUGGAGAGGUUUAUACCGGGAAUCAAGCUCCGAACAGAUAA